AUGUCUCUAGUUCUAGUCACCGGUGCAACUGGGUAUAUUGGUCAGCAUAUAAUUGACCAAUUGCUUGAGAGGAAUUUCAAAGUCGUUGGUACUGCCAGGUCUCAAGCCAAAGCAGAUGCUUUAUUGGCCAACUUCUCCAGGAUCCAUGACAUCACCAAUCUGGCUCUAGAGAUUGUUCCUGAUAUCGAGACCGCUGGCGCCUUUAAUGAAGUUCUCAAAAACCACAGGUUUGACUAUGUUAUCCACACUGCGUCGCCAAUAUCGUUUGGUGCCGUGGCCGAUCUAUACGAUUUCUAUGUGAAACCAGCGGUUGCUGGAUGCGAGAACAUUUUGCAGGGAGUCAGGGAUUUCGCACCCAGCGUUAAACAUGUUGUUGUCACUUCAUCAUUUGCAUCCGUUAUGCGCGCUGAAGAGUUUAGUAACCAGGCUUUCAUCCAUACGGAAGAGACUUGGAAUCCAAUGGAUUGGUCCGAUGUCAAGGAAGAAUUUGAGGCUUACAUAUAUUCCAAGAAGGCGGCUGAAUUGGCAAGUCGCAAAUUCGUUGAGGAUAACCAAUCGGAACUCAAAUACAAGUAUACUUCCGUACAUCCUUCUUAUGUUUUUGGGCCUCACCUAUUUGCCAGCAGUUUAGCUUCUGCCAGUGGUAGCUCCGAACUUUUGAAUCGCAUUCUAUCGUAUCCACCAGACAAAGAAGGUCCUUUCAACGAUGUUGCCUCACUUGCCUGUGAUGUUAGAGAUGUUGCUCUUAUCCACGUCGAAGCUCUUUUCCAUCCAGAAGAACUGCACAAUGCAAGACUUUGCACUGCCUCUGGGAAGUUCUCUUCGCAGUCCAUUCUGGAUGUGCUGAAUUCAAGAUUUCCAGAAUUCAAAGGCAAGUUCCCGGUUGGGAAUCCUAUUGAGGGAAAGCAUUAUCUUGAAACUCAAACGCCAGCCUUUGAUUUCUCCAAGACGCUUGAACUGGUAGGCUGUUCAUUGAGGUCUUUGGAGGAAACCUUGUAUGACGCCGCCAAGCAGUACUUUGACUUUGAAAAGGCGCUGGCUAAAUCAGAAUCGUGA